UCAGUGCACGCGUCUGCGAAAAACGUGUUGUAUUAUUAGCGUAAGCACGCAGCGCCCGAAGCGCUCGGGAUUUUCCGGCUAGGGCGGGCGGCGCGCGCAUUCGCCCAGGCAGGCACCCUCAAUACAAUGUUCGCCGCGCACACCGUCGCACGCACCCCGUCUGCGUAUUGUGACCAGGAUCUGCAGUGAGCAGUGAGCACCUGACUAGUCGCCCGUGUAACUGAAAUGUGAAGUGUCAUCGACCAUAAACAACAGGUCACGCACCGAGAAGAACAGUUAGCACGUCAAGAUGACGGUGGUCGUGAAUCCCGCGCGGACCAGCUCCGAGGAGGACAUGAGCCCAGACUUCCAGUCUCAGUCUCAGUCUGGGCGCGAGAGCGAGAUCGGCGAGUACUAUGCGGGAGGCGGGCUCGAGAUGGACGAGAACGCACGCCUCUACGACGACGAGAAGCAGAGCGACAUCGUCUUCGUGGCCGGCAUCAACGGCGACACCUGGCGCUACCCCGGCCAUCGUCGAGUUCUCGCCGCCACCAGCCCCGUCUUCGCCGCACUCCUCUCCGUCAAAACAGACGUCAUCGUCGUCGAUUACGUCGACCGGCGCGGUUUCGAGCAACUUCUCCGCUACCACUACUGCGAACCCACGCAGCUCAACUCCGUGGCCACUGCACGGUGCGCUCUCGACGCUGCGUACAAGUUCCUCUGCUCGCCUCUUGCGGAGCGAUGCGCUCGGCGACUCGACGAGAUGUUGGAUGCAGGUGUUGCUUUGGAAAUUCUACGCGACCUACGAUUCUUGUGUGCGAGGUUGCCCGGAGCAGCUUCAGCGCCACCCUUACCAGCGCUGGCGGACGAUGCCGCCGCACGAUCUCUGGCACAGUGCUCGCGGUGGUGCGACUCACUGGCUCACAACGCUCUUUUAGUCCUUGAUGAUAACGCAGACGCUGCUCUCACAGACGAAAGGCUCGAAGAGCUUACGUAUGAGGAUUUGGCGCUGAUAGUGCGACGCGAUACACUGAGGGUGUCCAACGAGCUCGUCUUGGUUGAGGCGCUGUCGCGGUGGGCCACGGCGGCGUGCAAGCGGACGAAACGGGAGCUGACCCCGAGCAAUAAACGCGCUGCUCUCGGCGAGCUGGCGUACUGUCCAAGAUAUUUGCUGCUACAGGGCGAGCAGCUGGAUCGCGCUCUGGGUAUGGAGUUACUGGAACCGAUGGAGCGCGCGCUGGUGGUGGCUCGCGCUCGUAAGCUGUCCGCACCGGUGCCAGUGGGGGCGGAGCAAGAGGGACUUCUGCGUCGGUGGGCGCGCCCGCGGCCCGUGGAGCCUGCAGCCCUGCCGGUGCACCUCAGCCCGCGCUCUGAGCCGGUGGAAGACCCGCAGCCGAGUAAGCUCUGCUCUCGUCGCAAGCGCCCGAAGCAACCCAGCUUCAAUCCCGACGACAAGAAUAAGAAAGAAGGAUGCUGCGCUUGCUUCUGGGACGGCAUUUUGCGGGCUUUUAUAUGCUUGUUCGACUGAGAUAGGGCACCCACCUCGUAUGUUUAAAUUACAUAUGAGAUGGUAUUCGGCCGUUCUGUGGGUGUUACAGGGAUUGAUUCCUCAGCAUUGUUUUUUUCCUAUCUUAAACGAUUUUCACUGAGAACUAUGGAAAAAUAAAAUCUUCGAGGGACUAGAAAAGAAGACAAGUAGGUAAUGAAAAGAAGAAAAGUAGAUAUAAUAAAAAAUUGGAAAGAUUGUUGGAUAUGGUAAUGUAAUGUAUGAAUAUGUAGGUAAAGAAUUUAGGGAAUUUUAUAUAGAAUGAAGAUGACUUUGAAGGAAAACUUAGCAGGUAGAAAGAAUGCCUUCUUUUGUAUAUUUUUAAUGAACUGAAUUUGUAUUGAGACCAAUAUCCCUGAAAUAGUUAAUUGCACUUUAUGAUUGUUGUCUUGAGUGUUUAGUUUUGUUUCUGCUAAGUACCUACCUCCCUCAAAUAAUUUAGUUAAAGUUAUGAAGAAUAUAUAGUUUCAAUUGUGUUAAGUUGAUGCUUAGUGAAGUUGGCAGCUGAAAGUUGUUCGAGUCAAGUUGUUUUGUGGUGGACAGAUAAAUAGACGGGAUUAGUUGCAUGGACUAUGAAUAUAAACCAUACUUAAACGGAAUCGCAGCGCAGCUGCUUGGUAGUUGAUUAUAAUUAUUAAUGUAUCUUUGUGUAGUAGGCACUUUUGUGUAUCUUAAUGUUGUGAUAUCUAUGUUAAUGCGAUCUGACUUUAAUCCGUAUGUAUGAAUUGUUUUCGUUAGAUAUGUACAUAUCAAAUUGUUCAACAAUUUGCAUUUAUAAUGUUUUUUUUCACUAUACUGCGAUGAAUUGGUGCACAAAAUAUUGUUUAAACUAGUUUUAUUUUAGAAACAAUUUGUUGCAUUUAUUGUAUUUUAAGCAUUUUAGCUUUAUUGAUAUUUAGUUACAAUUAUUAUUAGUGAAUUCUUCCAUUAUUUUCCUUCCUAGUCGUAUUAAGUACAUUUUAUUAUGUCAAUGAAUAAGAAUGAUAACCGUAAGUGUAUAAUGAAAUAACCAUUAGAAUAAUAACUUCUGCCUUUCUUUCAAAUGUGUUCUCUCCUUAAUCUUUGGAAACCUAUUGUAUAAUAUUUACCACUUACUAUCAAUUUAUUUUUGGACUGUGCCAUAUACAUACUUACGAAAAAUAAUGAUAAAACGUUAGGUAAUGCAAUUGUUACUCAAUUGUGUAGCAGUAAGGAUAUUUUUCAAAAAUAAUUUGUAUUUUGAACGAUUUAAAACCAACGCUAUUUGUAAUUAGCUGUUUAGCUCAUGCGUCUAUUAUGAAUACUACUUAAUUAAUCUUUAAAUUAUUCUAUUAAUGUAUCUGUGGCGUUUUAAACGAGUAAGAUUAUUAAAUUAUCCAAAAAUAUUAUUGGCAGAUAAUUCUGUUACGUUAUUUGAGCUGAUAAUGUGUUAGAAUACAUGAAAUUAAAUGAAUGUCAACAUUAAUCGAUGUGUUCAGCUCAGAGCUGUUAUAUUGUAACGAAAUACCCGUCGUCAAAAAAUAUAUGAUGUUUAAAUUA